UAUAUCUCAUUUGAUGUCAGUCGUUUCACAGCUUAACUUUUAAUUCACACGAGCAGUCGUCUCAGAGAUUUGCUUGAUGCGCGCGUCGCCAGGUCACAUCUUGAUAAUUAAGAUAAAAUUAGAUCCUGGAAAACGAGAUUUAAAACAGCAAUUUUUACUCUUUUGAACGUGAAUGUGUCACUUGUGAAGUAAUUGUUAAUUCUUGUUAAUAGGAAAAAGUUCAAGUGUGAUAAUACCACUCGUGCUGUGACCUUGGCGAAGAUCAGCAAGUCGUCGGACACGUACAUAUAAGGAUAACAAUGUGCUUCAGGCUAAUUUCGCAACUUACGAUCUUGUUGACGCUACUGAGUUCUAGUCUGACGAUAACUCGGUUGAUCAAUUCGGAUUUUCUGUACUUUCCUGAUCAAGUAGAUUACAUAAGAGUGUCGGCAAGAUGUCCUGACAAUUUGAUCCUCUGGCCAGUGGACGGUCGUUGUUAUCGGGAAGGAGAACAAGGACCCUGCAGUAUCAACAACGUUCUGUACUUCGACAGACGUUUACUAAAACCGGAAUGUCGAAAGGCAUGAAGUAUAUCCAAUAGAAAUAUGCUUUACUUGCAGUCGCGAAGCUCUUGCCAUCUGCCGGAAAGGUUGUCUAACUGUACGAAGCUACCACGAGAGAUGGCAGCAGUUGUGAUAUCGAGCGAGUACAGAGAUCCUCAACUUUCUAUAAACUUAUAAGUUUUAGGCUAUAUCACGUAGUAGUAAAACUGGAGACUGACGAUAAACUGCCUUUAUUGUAAGUGUACGUAUUCUGUACGUGCAUCGCUAUUAACAUGAGCCUUUUAUGACGAUGUUAUUCAGUUUGAGAUAGUUGUUGCGAUACGGUGAAUAAUAGUUUACGACGUUCUUGCGAAAUAAACCCGUUUGCCAAUACGUUUUACGAUAUUUUACGCAUAGAUAUUUUUAAACGCAAUUAACCCUAACCUUUUUAAGUGUGACUGUUAAUGAAAUUCAAUUACGUAACGCUUACCAGAUGCUCAGUCGCUUAGUCAAUAGAAGUUACGUGAUAGCUGACGGACAAAAAGAUUAUUGAACUUUAACUCUUUUUCUGAUAUUGACCACCCGCUGUCCCGACUACACCGGUUAUGAUAUAUAUUUCGAAGAAAAGUGUAACAUCGAUUUGCGAUUUCGUACGUCAGCUUACAAUAUGGACAAGCCGAAGGGACGAAAAAUGACUGGAGGAUGAAACCUGGUGACUAUGAAAUGGUCGUUUCAACAUAUUUCAGACGUCAAGCCAGGAGCCUCGCGGGAUGUGGAAAAGUAGCCAACCACGUAUCGCACGACGGAUCCACGUCGGAAGAUCAUAGGGGCAACGAUGCGCACGUACCAAGAUUCGCCGAGCCAAUACCGAACGUGACAGUGAGCGUAGGAAGGGACGCGUUGCUAUCCUGCGUCGUGGACAACCUCCGAGGUUUCAAGGUGGCCUGGGUCAGGGUUGACACUCAGACGAUUCUUUCGAUUCAUCACAACGUGAUUACGCAAAAUUCACGUAUUUCACUUUCGUACAACGAUCAUCGCUCGUGGUACCUUCACAUAAAGGAAGUACAGGAAGUCGAUCGCGGAUGGUACAUGUGUCAAGUUAAUACCAAUCCCAUGCGAAGCUGUCAGGGCUACCUUCAGGUCGUUGUACCACCCACUAUCAUCUCCAAGGAAACCAGUACCGAUAUGGUAGUGAGGGAGACGUCGAACGUGACUCUGACCUGCAAGGCAACCGGAUAUCCGGAACCUUACGUAAUGUGGCGACGGGAAAACGGAAAGGAGAUUAAUUACAACGGCGAGAUGGUUAAUUUCGUCAACGGCGAGGUCCUCCACAUUGUCAAGAUCAGUCGACUUCACAUGGGUGCUUAUUUGUGCAUAGCGUCGAACGAAGUGCCGCCGUCGGUCAGCUCGCGCGUGGAGAUUCGCGUCCAGUUCCCACCGAUGCUGUCGAUACCUAACCAAUUGGAAGCAGCUUACAUCGGACAAGAUGUCAAUCUAGAAUGUCACACAGAGGCAUAUCCGUACUCGAUCAACUACUGGACAACGGAACACGGCGACAUGAUCGUCUCAGGCAAUUACAAUUCCAUUUCAGGUGACAAGUACGAAACGAUCUCCGUCGAUAACGACUACAACAAGUACAUGACGCUGAAGAUCAGGAACGUCGGACCGCAGGACUUUGGAUCUUACAAAUGCGUCGCCCAGAAUUCCCUCGGCGAGACGGACGGAGUCAUCAAACUGGACGAAAUUCCAGCUCCUACGACGACGACGACUCAAGCCUCGUUCCACAUGACAUCGUCGAACAAGAAAAGCGGGAGAAACGGUAACAAGAAAUUGGGCCAACGACCGAUCGACUACGAGAUCGAGGAAUGGCGAGAUCCAAAUUACGACAGGGACUACAGCCUGCCGUCGAUGAGGCCACCCGGCGAGCUGCCGUCCGACGCCCUCAGCACGGGGGUCGCACUCAGCCCCGAGAUCGCACUGGCGCUCUUCCUAACCCCAUUGCUCUAUCUCGCCGCCAGGAGGUGAUUCUUACGUCACGGACGGGGCUUCCAGUUAGUGUUUAUUAGGCGAUGUGAACGGCAGCGAUGAGAUUUCUGCCGUAGAAAAGCGUGCUAAAUUAUUUUCAUACUAAACGACUUACAAAUAAGUAUUAAAAGUUAUGAUUAACGAUAAUGUAAUCCUGUGUACGUGUGUAAAACUGGCAUUGUAUGUGGGUGACUAUAGGCUACAGCUGAGCCAAUCGAUAACUCGGAUCGAUCGAUCGAUCCCUGAUCCAAAGUAAAGAUAAUCGUGCGAGCCGCACAUACUAUAUAUAGCUAUAGCUACACGAGAUGCAAAUUUCGCGCGUAAAAACACUGAACGUAAAGUUAUAUUGACAUUUGCUCCUGUUUCACCUUUUAUCUAGUUCUUCUUUAUUUUUCAUUAUUAUUCCACUUUCUUCCUUCGAAUUCGCAAAAAUCCACAUUUACUCGCGGACUCUCGGUAUUUUCUUUCUUCGCUCUCCUUCUCGCGCACUCGGGAUCGUCCCAUAGCUCAUGGCUUUCCAAAGCCUGCAAAUCCCGCUGAAAUCCACGCUCGCGCAAAGUCGCGCAGUUCACUUUUUCUUUCUCGUUAGCUGAAACUCACGGCGAACCUUAAGCGACGGUCCUGCCCGUUACUGAGUACUGCGCGUGUAUUACGGAAGUACGUUGCACACGGGAUUUACGUACGGGGUCACGAAUAACUUUUCUACGGUUGGCUGAAACACUUUUUUACUGCAAUCGUCUUUCCCCUGUCACAACGGGAAAAAAGCCACCACCGAUCCACCUCAUCGAUAUUAUAAAUACGUUCAGGGGGAUAACCAUGAAAAUUGUAUUUAUCGUCCAGCACCUUAAUUUUAGUUGAAUCCAAAAAAAAUGCGAUUUUGUAAAUCAAUCGAUUGGCUAUGAUAAGCGCCAAGUUGAUUAAUUAUUAUUAGAGGAGGGAUCGUUGACCGAUCCGCGCCUCUAUUGUAUAAAGAUAUAUUAUAUCAUGCGUUUUGGAAAUUGGCUCCGAUGAUUCCUUUAAAGAAUAUUUCAUCCUCGCGCAUUGUUUUGUAUCAUAUCACGAAGGAGCACAACCAUUGUAUACAGUAUAUAUAUAUAUAUAAUAUAAACAAUAUAAAUAUGCGUGAUAGAGUAACACUAUAUAUAUGGAGGUAAGUCACUGAAAAACCUUAUCGCUAGUUGCUUCGAUCGAGCGAGAAUUCCUGCUGAAUUGUUAAUUGCAUUUAGCGCCCAUCGAUCGUCCCAAAACAAAGUAUUCGCACGCAUAAGAACGGCUGAACGGUUAAACAAAAAUGAGCUUCACAGUACAUACAAGCUUGAUAACAAGUCCGAGGGACUUGAUACGUUAUCGCAAUACGUUAUAGUGACGCUCGGUAGAUUGACUAUUACCUGCGAAAGCUUUCGCUGUCUUACUGCUAGAGAUAAGUGUGAGAGCGUCGAUUAAUUAUAUCGAAAUUUCCUAUAAAAUCGUCAUCCCCGUUUCUUAUCGUUUCUCCUUCGUCUAUCGUACCCGGCUGUUAGUAUCACUGCCGUUUUAAUACCCGCAUCACAAUCAGCGUCAGGUGCGUCGCCUAAUUUUGUAAAUACUUGUAGAUACGUUAUGACCAUAAGAAUCGUCGCUGCGAUUCUCGCUCGCCCAUCGCUAAGACACAUACGAUGAUUCGAGAUGACCUUCCUUGCCGUGACAUACUGAUCAGCACUCGAUAAGAGGAAAUGUGCCGGAGAGUGGAAGAAAGUGGCAUUUUCGAAAUCAGACCGUCGGUCGAUAUAGCGUCCAACCAAAGAAUCAGGUCUCCGAAAAAUCCCAGGGAUUUUACCUCGGUUCAUCUCGAGCUAAAUAAAUCGGAAAAUCAUUUCGCAAGGACCUCGCGGUGGCGCGAGUUGUUUCGCAAUUCUCGACGGUUCACGCUUAUUUUUUGUUCCCCCGAAUAUGGCAAAGUUCAAAGGUUAAGGGGGGUGACCGUGUCUGUACUAUUUGAUCAAAGCUCGCAACGCUACGUGGAUGCAACCACCUGUGCGCUUUAGUCACGUCGCGAUCGUGCAUUGAGAACGCGACGACGUACACGCGCACACGCGGAGCGACGUGUGGGAAAAUUUCGAAACGAUUCCGCCACUGCGAAACACCUCGACUCCCGUAGACCUGGCCAGAGUAUUUCCCCCGGUGCGAUGAGAUCACCGCGCCCAAGGCGUGGAGACCAAGGUGCACGAGGGAAGCCACGUCGACUCCGAAUCAAAUUCACAGACGAAGUUUGCCCGUGCGUCAUAGGGAAAACUUUUCUUCUCGCGUGUAUUUCGGCGAUGUCUAAGACAAAGAAAAGGAAACCAAGGAAAAACAAAAGAAUGCCCGAGAGUAAAUAUCUUACUCUCCACCCUUUCGCGUUGUCACCUUACGCCGUUUCCUCUUCCGUUUUUCACUAGCGAGACACCCACCGAGCACCGUGCACAGAAUCCUUGGGAGGUCUGUGAAUCGACUUAUCGACGGCGACCUGCAAAUAUCCGCUGGAUGAUCCAGCCACAAUGGACCAACGAGAUUGCAAAUACCUUCAUCCGGCCGACGUUGUGCGAGUUGCGGUGGACAAUGCGAAAUCGUAAGCCAGGCAGUGACGAGGUAGCGAUACGUUACUUCUUGUCUGACCUAAAGCCGGCUGCUACUACUGUUACAUAUUUUCGAUAUCCUCGAGCGACACCGAGUGCAAAUUUUAUUGGAAAAUUUGAGAAAAAUUUUUUUAAUUAUUUUUCAUUUAACGAUAUCGCAUUUUCAGAUGCCAUCGACUAUCGAGAUCUAGCUGACUCCUCGCGGUAUUUCAAAUCGGUAUUACGUCAUAACACUCGCUAAUGGAUAUUAGGCGAGUGUAGAUUAUUCACGGGCAUAUACAUAUAUAUUCUGAGCUACUGUGUUAACUAAUUUUCUCCAACUAUCUGAUAACCCGCGGUGGACCGCAAUUCAAUUUGCGAAACGCUAGGGAGAAUAGCACGUAGUCACUUUAGUCAUAGCGGUGCACCUGUAUUUAUCCCAUGACCGAAUGACAUCGCUACUAAUAUUCCAGGGACGAAAGCGUACAGAAGGCUGGGUACUAAACACGGCGCUUUGCUGUGCGAUUGUUCUACGGUUAUUUUUAGCGAUAUCGAUGCUCGCAACGUGGCGACGACUGCGAGUUGUCGGCGACAAUCUCGUACGGAUAAUCGUUUAUACUUCGACGUGUAUUCGCGUCGAGCGCUUCGAGGACGAUUGACUUAGGGAAGAGAAGUCGGCCGAGAGUCGCUUUCGCGUGCGAAUACAUUUUUACGUGAACUGUACAGAAUGCACGAAGGCAACAGGAACAAUUGAAAAAGGUACCGCGUACAGGUACCGAUUACGUGUAAUAUUGUGAGCGACGCGAAAAUCGUGACGACUGAAACUAUAAGAGAAAUAAAAAAUGUAAGCUGCGAGAAUUCGUAGAAAAGCAUGAGAAAAUGAGUGAAAAAAAAAAAAAUUUCAAUGUGUGACGACGGAUAAAACUCUUUCGGCGCCCGAUAGCAUAUUGUAAGGGAGGGUUUUAUUGUGGUUGGUAUUCGAUGAAAUAUAGAUACUGUGCCGAAUAAGGGAUGACUGUAGAUUAAAUUUGAGAUAGAUUUAUAAUGACGAUAAUUAUAUUACGAAUUUAAGGUAAAUCGUUAUACUACGUGUGCGAGAUGAAUGUCUGCGUGAAUUAUCUAACUCGUGUAGAUGAUCGAGUAGAUACGGGAUAUUAUCGUGUUGAUAGGUCGAUAUAGAUUAUUGAAUGGAGAUGACGAAGGUCGUGCAUAAAAUAUAUUUUCUAAGGAUCUUUCGAAUUGUACCGCGUGCAACGAUUAUGUUAUACGAAUACGAAGAAAAAGAAAAUCCAUGUUAAGUCCAUAUUGAACGUAACAAUCAAAAUAGCUACUGCGACACUAGGAUUGCUGAUAUUAUUUUACUAUGCGAUUCUACGUUGAUUUUUGCAUGUACACGCUGUGUAGAUAAUAAUGUUUCGAGUAAAUGCGAACAACGUGCUUCUGACGGGUGGCGAGUCUUGUUAAUCCUGUACGACGAUACCAGCCAGAAUGACCCUCGGCUUAGGUCUGUGAGGUAAUACGAGGAGUACAUAAUACCGAAGGAGUGAUCGAACAAAAUUAAAAAAAGCAAGUUUUAGCUUAGCGAGAAUUAGGAAGAUAAUGAUAUUAUUGUAUCCAUGUAGAUAAUAAUUUGUUGUAAUUAUUAACAUUACAUAAAUAUGAUAAAAAGUA